GGUACCGAGUCAUCUGGCAGGACCGCGAUUACUGGGUCACCAAGAUCGACAGCGGGCACCGAGUCAUCUGGCACGACAGCGGGCACCGAGCCAUCUGGCACGACAGCGGGCACCGAGCCAUCUGGCACGACAGCGGGCACCGAGCCAUCUGGCACGACAGCGGGCACCGAGCCAUCUAGCAGAACCGCGGGCACUGGAUCACCAAGCUCGACAGCGGGCACCGAGUCAUCUGGCAGGACAGCGGGUACCGAGCCAUCUGGCAGAACCGCGGGCACUGGGUCACCAAGCUCGACAGCGGGCACCGAGUCAUCUGGCAAGACAGCGGGCACCGAGUCAUCUGGCAAGACAGCGGGCACCGAGUCAUCUGGCACGACAGCGGGCACCGAGCCAUCUGGCACGACAGUGGGCACCAAGCCAUCUAGCAGAACCGCGGGCACUGGGUCAUCAAGCUCGACAGCGGGCACCGAGUCAUCUGGCACAACAGCGGGUACCGAGUCAUCUGGCACGACAGCAGGCACCGAAUCAUCCGGCAAGACAGCGGGGACCAAAUCAUCUGGCAAGACCGUGGGCACUGAGUCAUCUGGCAAGACCGUGGGCACCGAGUCAUCUGGCAAGACAGCGGGCACCGAGUCAUCUGGCAUGACAUCGGGCACCGAGUCAUCUGGCUCGACAGCGGGUACCGGGUCAUCUGGCUCGACAGCGUGUACCGGGUCAUCUGGCAUUGGAUCAUCUGGCUCGACAGCGGGC